AAAUCAUAAACCAAAAACCAAAGCAGCACGCACCCGAAAACGUUUCCUAGCUGCUUCUACCUUCUUGUUGUAGGGAGAGAAUCCUAGGCAGGCAUCCUUGUUUCAUAUACCCUUUGCACUAAUUAAUUUAUUUAUUAUCUGCACUAAUUAAUUACGGUCUCGAGAAGUAAAACCACGCGACCCAUCUGCAUUAAUAUCUCCACCCAGUUUUAAUUCAUUAUUAUCACCUGUUUAUACCUGCUUUCCUCUAAAGCUUUUGGCAACUAUUUCUCUCUUUUUUUUUUCUUGUCCUUCUGCUUCUCUGGGUCAUUACCUCCCAAGAUUUUUGUUUCUGCUUUGUGGGUUUUUGUUGUUGGUUUGAGCUAUGGCUUCAACGUUAUUACUGGCUCUGGUUUUUGUGAUUGAUCUGAUUGCUUUUGGACUUGCUGUUGCUGCUGAGCAAAGGAGAAGUACUGCCACCGUUGCUAAUGAUGGAAAUGAAAGCUAUUGUGUUUAUGAUAAGGACAUUGCAACUGGCUUGGGUGUGGGCUCAUUACUAUUCCUUCUACUUAGCCAGAUACUAAUAAUGGUGGCAAGCCGAUGCUUAUGCUGUGGGAAGGCCAUGAGACCAAGUGGGUCUAGAGCAUGGGCAAUUGUCCUAUUUAUCACUUGCUGGGUGUUCUUUGUCAUUGCUGAGGUAUGCUUGCUUGCAGGGUCAGUACGGAAUGCUUAUCACACCAAGUACAAGAAUCUCUUAAACAAUCCCCCAACAUGUGCAACAUUGAGAAAGGGUGUCUUUGGGGCUGGGGCUGCAUUUGUUUUCCUGACAGCCAUAGUCUCUGAGCUUUACUACGUUAGUUAUUCCAAGGCUAACGAAUUACAGGCUAACUAUGGCAGAGAUACUGGAGUGAGGAUGGGAAACAUAUAGAUAAGUAAGGUCAGCAGAUGGUCAUGAGAAAUAUUCCAAUUUGUAAUUCAUUGUUAAUCAACUAUAAUGCUCUUGAAGUAGGCAAACUUUGGGAGUUAGUGUGUGAUUGAGAAUACGUAUAUCAUAAGAUUCUUAACCAUGGACAUGGACUUGUGUCUAUCCCACUUUACAGGUUACAACCUUAGCACUUUGCCUGUUUAUUGAGGUUUUGAGUUGUUCUUUUUUUUCUUUUUCUUUUUUUAAUAUGUAGUGCUUUUAGUUUUCAUCUUAUUAAAAUCCUGGAAAGACAAAAGUUCUUUGCAGUUCUGCUUAUGUUAAA